UCGGACAUAACCGCCCCAUUGGCUCUGAAAUCCACAUAGACCCGAACUGAAAACUUUCCUUAGGCGCCACGUGAAACCGCAGCGACAACAUGACUCACUGAGUCAAUGUAAAUGAACCUGUUGGACUCCACUACUGUUCGGUCGGAUCGUCCAGAUUUAUAAACUCUUUUGCCGGAUUUGAGAUUUGAGAAGGAAAAUGCAGAGCCGGGGAUCCAAUGCCCGGUUCUCAGGAAUGGGAACGCGAUCCCCGAUUUCAUCUCUCAUGCUUGCCAUGUUCGCUACCAUGGCUUCCUUCUAUGUCGCCGGCCGCUUAUGGCAAGAUGCACAAAACAGGGUUUACUUAACAAAAGAGCUCGAUAGAAUAACCGGUCAGGGACACUCUGCAAUAUCUGUGGAUGACACAUUAAAGAUCAUAGAAUGCAGGGAGCAAAGGAAGAAACUAUCUGCCCUAGAGAUGGAACUGGCAGCUGCUAGACAGGAAGGAUUUAUCUCCAAACAAUCAUCAGAUAUGAAGAGAACUAAUGAAAAGGGUCCAGUAAUAGUAAUAGGAAUUUUCACAAGAUUUGGGCGCAAGAACGAGAGAGAUGCUAUAAGGAAGGCAUGGAUGUCAACUGGUGCAGCUCUGAAAAAAAUGGAGGAAGAAAAGGGCAUUGUUGCACGUUUUGUCAUUGGCAGAAGUGCUAAUCGUGGAGACGGCUUGGACAGGAGCAUUGACAGUGAAAACAGUCAAACUAAUGAUUUUUUUAUUCUUGAAAAUCAUGUUGAGGCUCCCGAGGAACUCCCAAUGAAAACAAAGCUAUUUUUUGCACAUGCAGCAGACAGUUGGACUGCUGACUUCUAUGCCAAAGUCAAUGACAAUGUCUUUGUAAACCUUGAUUCCCUGGGAAAUACACUUGCGUCAUAUUUGAAUGUCCCUCGUGUAUAUAUUGGGUGCAUGAAAUCAGGCGAAGUUUUCUCUGAGAAGGGCCAGAAAUGGUAUGAACCAGAUUGGUGGAAAUUUGGAGAUGGGAAAACGUACUUCCGUCAUGCUUCCACGGAGCUGUUCGUAAUAUCUCAAGCGUUGGCUAGAUACAUUUCAAUAAAUAGAUCCCUACUCCGUACUUAUGCACAUGAUGAUGUCAGUGUUGGGUCCUGGUUUAUUGGUGCCGAUGUCAAACAUGUAGAUGAGAGGAAGUUUUGCUGCUCGUCUUGGUCAUCAGGAGCCAUUUGUUCGGGAGUGUGAUUUAACUUGACUGAAAAGUGCAGAAGGCGUUUAAAGUGGCUUACUUGUUGAGUCCCUUGCUUCGCAAUUGCUAGCAUAGCUUCAUGACACUUGGGUUUUGUCAACUCAUCUCUGUCCGGCAUUCUUCGGGAGUUCAUUCCUUUAUCAGAAAAUAUAUGUAGAUUGCAGAGCUGCUGAAAUUGUGAGGAUUCUUUUCUGACAUAAGUAAACCCAAAGUACAUAUGAUGUAUAGGCUUCUAUCCUUUAGGAAGUCGAGUAUAUUGUUUUACCCAACCCCUGGCUUGUGAGGGACAGACACUAAUCUUACCAUAUUAAGAUGUUGUUUAUUUGCUUAUUCUUUGAGAAGCGAAGGGGAUAUGUAUACUUGAAUUCAUCUGUGAAUUUUGGGAAAAUAUACCUUCUUGUCAUGAGGAGUUCAUGUAGAUGGAAUUGCGGAAAAGAAAAUGACCAUUUAUUAUUAUUUGUCCA